UCGGAGCAUAUCCUAUCCUACGUGAAAAUUUCGUGGUUCAAGACAUCAAUGGCUCGCGCUUGUUGUUCAUAUUAUUUGUAAUAGCUUUAAGAUAAUAAGAACGCGAGAGUGUCGGCAAUACUCGAACGAAGGGACCGUCUCCGCAAUUGUACGAUGGCUGAAAAUCGGGACGCGAUACUGGCUGACUUUCAGGCUUGCACGGGAAUCGACGAUUUCGGAGACGCUAUUUUGUAUCUGGAGGCAACAAAUUGGGAUUUACUGGCCGCGAUAAACAAGGCCAUGCCCCAGACCACGCAGCAGCUACCGUCUGAAAUAACUCCGGACAUAGAGAUGGUGGAAGAAAUUAAAGUAACUCCACGUUCGUCCACGUCGAAGCUGCAGACGGUGCCGACGGUGCAGAAUUCGAAAAAAGCGGGAGCCGUGAAAGCAGACGUUGUGGAAAAUGCAAAACCUGGGACAAGUAGACCUAAAAGUUGCAUGAAAAAUAGAACACUUACAUUCCACAUUAACUAUCUCGAUAACGUUUAUAAAAUAAAUUUGUCCGAGUUAUCCACUCUGAGAGAACUCAAACAAUUUAUAUGGUGUAAAACGAGUGUAGCACCCUGUCAGCAGAAUCUUCACGGGUGGAAGAAGGAACCUGGGACACCGAAUACGGUGCUACAAACGUUAGAUCUGCCUAGAGAAAAUACAUUGUACCUAUCAGUGUUGUCGCAAGACGGCGACGUGGCUAAUGAAACCGCAAGUCUGUCAGAGCGUAUGACUCAGACUUAUACAUUGAACGUGAAGGACGAAGUGCAUAAUAAGACGUACAAGCUGAAGUUUCCCGGCACACGUACUGUGUUGGAAGUAAAAACGGACAUCUACUCGUUAAUAGAUGUGCCUGUACGGAAUCAACAGUGGAAGGGUUGGCCUAGCUCACUGAAGGACGAUAAUGUGAUAUUGGCACAAAGUGGUAUAUGUUAUCCGGAGCAUGAUUUGUCCGUCGGGAAGCUCCCCGCGAAGGAAGAAAAGAAGAAAGUCGUAGAUUUAAUCGACAGCGAUAGUUCCAUAGACGAACCAGAAGAUGUGGAAGAAUUCGACGUUCCGGAAGAGUUCACUGGCGACGACGAUAUUUUCAUAGACGAUGUUAAACCCACUAAAGUAGAGCGUCUCAUGCCAGAAAAUGUAGUAGAUGAGGUAAUGGGUACGUUACAUUUCGCUGAGCAAUUCGAAAAGCGAUACGGACCAGCGCACCCGGACUUCUUCACUGGUACAUUUGAAGAUGCUCUGAAAGAAUCGUGUCUGAAACCAGCGAAAGAGAGAAAAUUAUUGGCUGUAUAUUUGCACCACGAUAACAGUGUAUUAGCAAACGUCUUUUGUACUCAACUAUUAGGUUUCGAAACAGUGCUUCAACUUCUUUCGGCAAAUUUUAUAGUAUGGGGUUGGGACAUCACGUACGAGUCUAACAAAGAAAGAUUUUUGUAUUCGGUAACUCAAACUCUUGGUACUGUCGGUUCGUUGGCUGUGUCAGGCAUAGAUGUUGAUACUUUGCCGAUUCUCAUGAUUAUUAUGAGAUCUAGAUCUAACACUGAGAUAUUUACUAUCGUACACGGCAAUGUAGGUGUUAACGAGUUACUAACGAAUUUGGUCCAAGCCGUCGAUGUGUUCCAGGAGCAAAGACGAGCUGAUAUUGGCGUUGAAGAAGAACGACAAGCUAGAGAAAGAGUCAAGCAAGAACAAGACAGAGCGUAUCAAGAAAGUUUGGCAGCUGAUAGAGCAAAAGAAGAAGCGAAACAAAUGCAAGAGGAGCUUGAGAAGAAACAGAAAGAGCAGGCUGAAAACGAAAGAUUAGCCGAGGAAGCGAGGAAAGAGGCUCAUAGGCAAGCUGUAGAGUCUAGUUUACCACCUGAGCCGCAACAGGGAGCGGGUGAUGGCGUAAUGAAAGUAAGAGUACGGCUUCCAGCAGGGAAAUUCCUGGAACGUAAAUUUCAAUCGGAUACACCGUUACAAACGCUCUUUAAUUUCCUUAUCGUGGAAGGUUAUCCUACAGAGGAAUAUAAGCUCCUAUCUAGUUGGCCUCGAAGGGAUUUAACAUCCAUGGAUUCAAAGCUCACUUUGAUGGAACUGAAAUUCUGUCCCCAGGAAACAGUAAUUUUAGAGGAACGAUAAAUAAUACGUUGUAAUUAAAUUCAAAUGUAGAAAUUAAGUGUCACGAAUAUUCUUCAAGAGAAUGUAUUUAUUUAACAACUUCGAGAUAGCUAUUAUACUGAGUCCUGUUUAUCUUGCGACUAUAUACAUUUUUACGCUGAAUUCUUCUUGUACGAUAAAGUCGUAAAUGAUGCACGCGCGAGUAUAAUUUUUAUUUUAUAAAAAAAAAAGUUUCUAUAUACGUAUAUUAUAUAAUUUAAAU